ACGUCUCGCGGCGCGCGCGUUUUUUCAUAUUUGGAACGCUCCGAGUCGUGUUUGAAUUUUAAAUUGACCGCGUAAAAAGUUUUGUUUAUUUUAAAAAGAAAUAAGCACUGGCCGUUUAGACUUAAUAAAAAAGUGCAGUGUAUUCAAUUUCUUUUGUUUAAAAAAAAUAAGAUGGCUGGAUAUGUGUUUUAUUUUGUUUUGGUGGCGUGUUCGUUACAGCAAGUUUUCGCGAUCGACUGCUUCAAUGUUAACCUCGAAACGGUGAUGAAUUGUGACGACUGCAUCAGGUGUGGAGGCUACUGGUGCAACAAGCCAAGGGAGAAAGACCACGAGGUCCACUGCUCAGCUCGCCUCAACGACAACUGGUGUCCCGGUCAUACCGAGGCGCUGCCAACCAUCCCGGAAGAGACCAUGGACGGCGAUACCAUCACGCCCAACUACAGAGCCCUCACUAUCAAGGUCAACAAGCCCAGCACUCGGAUACCCUUCAUCUACAGCUAUCCAAACAAUAGCCACCCCAAAGUCGACAUCACCGUUAUCAACUCGACGCAGUCCACGAAUUUUGAAAUUAUAGAGAGGAACACCGAUCAUUGUAUCCAUGAGAAGUGUACUACCCACGUUUCGAUAAAAACGGAGGCUGAUUUUUGUUCGGCGAACAGUGGGAAGUACGAGUUUCUGAACGUGAAGGUCAAGGUAGAGAAUGUGACUGGGGAAGCCAGGAUAAAAUACCACGUACCCUGCGCGUGUAAGUGUUCAGACAAUGCGGAGAAAGACUCGAAAAUCUGUGGCGGCAAGGGUGAUUACGCGUGCGGCGUCUGCAAGUGCCAUAAAGGAUGGUCCGGCAAAUACUGCGAUGUCCCACCAGUAUGCGACAAUCGGCGAGGAGAUCUACAGUGCACCAAUUCUUACAGCGACGUGGAAUGCUCAGGCAACGGCUACUGCGGCCCUUGCGACGCCUGCAUCUGUUUCGACGACCGGGAGGGCUCGCAGUACUUCCAAAAAGACAACGCCUGCGCUGAUCUGUGCAUGAUCAUCAACUAUAAUUACGAGCUGUGCCUCCAUGACAAGCCUGAGGGGAAAUGCCAAGACCAUUUGAACAUAGACCCUUACAACAAGACGCGUGCAUCAGAAACCGAUGAGAUGAACAGAAAGGUCUGGGUCCAGUGCCAAGAUCUGCUCGACGGCUGCAACAUCAAGUACCUGGCUAUGAGGGACGCUAACGAUGAAUUACACGUGAUGAAGAUCAACUCCUGCAAUGGCGUUCAGGACUCAUUCGUCACUGGAAAUGUCAACAUAACUCUACCAACCGUGCUGGGAGUGAUUGCCAUCGUAGCUGCGGCGACAGCGGUGGCGGGCUACAUGGUGUGGAAGGCAAAGAACGCGCCGGUUCCUUUGGCUGCUUCUCACUACCAGGAGCUUGAAGGUCCUGAGAACAGCGCCGGAAUCAACCCCUUGUACAAAGCACCCACGUCUUCUUACAACAAUCCGCUGUGGAAGGGCGCCGCCAAAGUCUAGUCCUGGUGCUACCUGCUGACUGAAUCACCAGCCAUGGGACUAAGACGGAAGACCUCAAAAUUUGUUAAUCGACGGAUUAAAACUGGUAUCAUACUCAACAUCAGCAUUCAAAUUAGUUUAAAUCUAUUAUUUUAGGUGUAGAGUUACCUAAUUUAUUGAUGCAAUUUGGUUGUCUCUGCUUUUGAUUGUACUUACUUUAUAUUCUCUAUUGUAUAGAGGAUGUAAAUUAAUUUGUAUUUUUGAUGUUGAUUCUACGAUGAAGUUAUAAACAUGCAUUUUUAGUGCCUUUAAGUGUACAGGAUAUUUGAGCAAACUAGAGUCGCUAUUUUAGACACGUACAUUUACUGUGUUGGAGUUAUACGUUCCCAUAACCAUGCCUGCCAAACAUCCUGUACUGUAGAUGUACUGUGUGCCUACACCAAUCUAGAAGUCUGAACGCGGUCCUGCGUUAACCAUUCCACUGCCGAGCAACACCGAUGAUGGAGAAAUCACUCUCGUCCGGUGUAUGUGUCGCAAACUAGAUUACACUUUAUAAUGUAGCGUAUUUAGUAAUUAUAAAAGUAAAAUAACACCUCUGUGAUAUUUAUUACGAUUAGGUAAUAGUUGAAUGAAUCACCAUUAAGUUGUUUGAUCACUAUAUCAACGAACUGUGUUGACAUUGGCGCAAUGGCAAGGUUACAUACGGUUGUGAACCUUAGUCACUUGCAAUAAACAACACACAUCCAUAUUAGUUACAAAAGUAAUAUCGCACAAGCGGUGUUAAAAUUAACACCGAAGCGCGGUUUGAUUUCUGGGGUUACAAUUACAACGAACAUAAACAAUAAGUUAGAAUAGUUUGAAAAAUGAUUUGCAAUUGUUAGAGAAAGCAACAUGUGAAAGUAGAAUAGAUAUAGUGAAUUUUAUGAGUGUGUGGGUGUGUCAUAGUGUAGAUGCCCGUGGGCAGACUGCGUCGGAACCAACGGCACAUCGGUGACUAACGGGUUUUUUACUCGAACUAUGACACAAUAUACCCAUUACAACUAACAUUAUGACGAUUGGACUGGCACUUCUAACAUUAAAACACUCAUGAUCUUUGGUGAUCAUUUUAGACCCAACGAGAUUAGUCGUAAUUUUAAAUGCCAUCAUCGAGAAGUUCCUAUACGUAUUGUAAUGUAUUUAAAUCUAAAAGAGAUCAUUUUAAUUUUAAUUUAUUUUAAAUUAAGAUGAUGGCUAUGCUAUUAAACGCAAUUUUUUAUUAUUAAAAAUACUUUUUGCAUUUUUAUUUUGGGCUCUACUUUAAUAAAUGUAGAAAGAAGUGUAUAACUUUACGUCUACAUAAAUAUUGUUACGAUUGUUAUUAAUACGUUGAUAUCAUAUUUGCCUAUUGAGUAUUGAAAUAAAUACCUAACUGUUCAAUAAGUGUAUGGUAUGAGAAGGGAGCUGUAUUUUAGUUGUGUAGAUAGAUUUACUAUUUGUAAAUAUUCUAUCAAUUUUCAUUUCGUUUAUUACAUUUAAUCGUCUGGGAAUUUUCAUUUUGUGUAAAAAUUCUGUUAAUUAAAUGUUAUAAAUUAUAAUUUCUUGAAAUCUUCAAUAUUAACAUCACAUUAAAAUAAUUUUCAAUGUAUCUCAUUUUGUAAUAUAGAAAUAAUAUUGUAAAUAUAAUCUAAUAGUAAUAACCAUUAACAUUGUGUAUCAGUAUACGUCGAUUUACGAAUAAGUAUUUUAUAUUUUUGUAAAUUUGUAUUAUUUAGUGUCUAAUUUUAUUGUAAGCUAGUCAAUAAAAUGUAUAAAUCAAUCCCUUUGUUUCAUUUGCUUGGAAAACCGAAGCGGUCGUUAAAUAAAACAAACAUUUCCAAAAUUAAAUAACUUCUUUUAUUUCAGAGUCAAAUUUGUUUCCUACAUAAACUUGUUAGAAUGACAGACGCUGUAACAUUAAUUGACCAUUUCACUAAUGGUACGCGCCGUUAGCUGUUAGCUUACUUGGUGCGCUGGCCGGAGCGCGCCGCCGCGCCGCACGACGAGUCCCACUACCCUCAUUCAGCGUAUCUUUUUGACAGUUCAGGAGACGGUAAUUGACAAAUAACUAUUUAAGUUUCUUUUUAAUGGCCUUAAUGGUGCGUAUUUGGAACAUAGUGGUUUUGCCAAUAUCAAGUUGAAGUUUAGUGUCAAAAGACAUGGUGAAGUUAAAGUUUGCAUGGUGA